AUGCACUUAUACGAAACUUUAAAAAAUUAUGACGAGUGCCGUACGACCAGCCCUCGAGUUCGCAGCAAUGAUAUAGAGUCACCACUUAAAAAACGACAUCACACCGACGGCACGAGGAAGAGAACCAGGCAACGACUAACCCAGCUAAUGAAUGGUAGUAAAAGGGAACUUGGCUUCGACUCUUUAUUAGUCCUCAGUGGGGUUCCGGAGCUAAAACGUCUUCGUUCGAACCCGCGUUUUGCAGCGAAACGAAUCAGUAUCAGCGUGCUAACGGUGGGAAGCGGAAGUCUGGUGAGAGACUUAGCAGUGGGGAUGGUUUUCAUCUUGACCUUGGUAUCGGCUCAUCCGACCUUUGCGAAUGAUACCACAAUGAAGUCAACCAUAACACAAGCUUCAUCUACAACUCAAGUUUCAACCACAACAUCGACUACAACACAAGUUUUAUCCACAUCAACUACAACUAAAGCAUCGAUCACAACAGAAGCCUCAGCCACAACAGAAUCGCAAACAACGGCAAAAACAGCAGAAAUGUCAAAGAUCGCAAGUUCGACCACCGCAGGAACAGGGAGAACAACAACUGAAACAACACUGCUGGAGAACAUAACAAGCACGACAGCGAGAACAGCAGAGAUACCGCUGCAGGAGAAAUACAGCUGUUUUGCCAACCUCUCGGUGCUACUGUAUGGACCUCCGGAGACUAUUCAGACCACAGGAAAGACGACAGAAAACGGUGGCCUUUGGGGUGAUGAAGGAACCUGCGCAAAUAUCACAUGUUCUGUGGGAGAGGUCUUUACUCUCUCCAGCGAACCCUACGAGAGUGUGGGCGUGUGUUGCCACCAAGGGGCGUGGGUGAUAGUCGAUCCUGCUUUGGAUGUCAAUGAAACCUUGGAUCAUCCGUGGGCUGGAUGCUACUCAGAGCGCGUGUGCAGAAACCACGUCCAUGUCGCGAGAGAUACGAGAGUUACUUUUCCUGGAGAUGUGGUUGUGUGGUCGUUUGUGAGGAUGUCCAAAAUAGACGUUGGUGUUAUUCUUAGGGAAGAUGAACAGCUGCUCGUCCUGGGUCUCUCCACAAGCCACGUCACAUUCACGUGCCAUGACAGGCGAUCUCUCAUGUUCUAUAGUGAUGAAUACGCGCGAUCUGUGUUCACGAGUUUUGACACUUGUGACUUACAUUAUUCGAUUCCCCUUUGUGUUCCUGUGUGCAAAACUACGGGCGGUUCCCCCUGUCGCUUUCCCUUCGUGCAUGGGGGAAGCGAACACCGCAACUGCACGGUCUUCCUGCCCACAUCUGGUCCUUCGUGCAGUCCUGUUUACAACGCGACCAGCGCCACCGACCUGCAGCCUUGUGACCUGACCAAUGAGACGAGUACCUGUGGCGACUCGGCGGGGGAGGAGGCGCCGUGUGGAGGAGGUCCCGAAUGUGACGCCAUCGUGAUCAAUGUCACGAUGAUCAAAGACCCGCAGCUUCCCGACGUCACAACCGAUGACGUCAUAGCUCGUACCUACCGCGUGCGGGGAUGCCACGGAGAAGGUUUCAAGCUCGAGUGCGACGAAGCCGAUCAGAACCUGUGGGUGACAGGAGAAGGGUUCGGAAUCUAUUACCCUUCGGGUUCGAAACGCUUCAGGUGCUCCAGGAGAUUCGGCAUUGAUAGCUUCUUCCGCAAGGAAUCCAGCAAUAAGAAACCGCAAAACUACGAAUCGUUUUGCGCUGAUAAGAGAGAUCCGGCAACCACCACGCCAUCUGCAGCGACUACCACGGAAGGAGGAGGAAUGACUUUAGAGCAAGGAGACGGAGGGACGACCGCUUCGAGUACCACCGCGGGUGCGACCAACACACAGAAAACGGGAACGGCAACAACAGAAACGAAGAAAAUGGGCGCGACAACAACGGAAUUAGAGAAAACGGAUUCCAGUGACGUUCCAUCUUUUACGGUAACUCAAGCAGAAACAGAGCCAGUUUCUGACCGCUUUUCAACCACAAUGACAUCAGGAACGACCACGGAGAGCGUUCAUACGACUGCAUUUACGACCGUGACUACGAGAAAACGGUAUUUGAUAGACGAAAGUAGCGACAUCGGAAGUGCAGAGUGA